UAUCAUCGGCGAAAAGUACGUGGGAGUCUAUCUAGCUAGAAAGAGAAACGGAACGGAAGUGGGGUUGAAAAGAGGGCGUGGUGUGGUGUGGUGUCGACAUGGAUGGUGCCAUGAUGGUGUCAUUAGCUCGCCACGCGCCCCUCGCCUUCCGUUAUACUUAUAUCCCGUUAUCCUCCUCCUUCUCCCCGCUCUUCGCGCCCCGCCUCCGCCUUCAGCCUUUUCGUCUUCUUCAAGUUUCUUCCAUUCCUCUCUCUGCAUUUCCCUCUUCCUCUUCCUUCAAGUUUCUUUCAUCUUCUCGCCCUAACAUGGGAUCUCUCUCUGCCCUCCUCCAUCCCCUGCACUACCCUACUGCUCGCCGAGAUGAGUCUAUUGUCGAUGAUUAUCAUGGCGUUCAGAUCGCCGACCCUUACCGAUGGCUUGAAGAUCCUGACGCCGAAGAAGUGAAGGAGUUCGUACAGAAACAGGUGAAAUUGACGGAGUCGGUGCUUCAGAAAUGUGAAUCUAGAGAAAAGCUCCGCGCCAAAAUCACUGAGCUAUUUGAUCAUCCACGAUAUGAACCGCCUUUUAAGCGUGGGAAUAAGUACUUCUACUUUCACAAUACUGGCCUUCAAGCGCAGAGCGUUCUUUAUGUUCAGGAUAGUUUGGAUGGAGAACCUGCGGUUCUGCUCGAUCCCAAUGCGCUAAGCGAAGAUGGAACAGUCUCGUUGAGUGCUCUUUCAGUCAGCAAGGAUGCUAAAUACAUGGCUUAUGGGCUCAGUUCAAGUGGCAGCGAUUGGGUGACAAUUAAGGUCAUGCGAGUCGAUGAUAAGAAAACUGAACCGGAUACAUUAUCCUGGGUAAAGUUUUCAGGUAUUAGUUGGACAGUUGACGGCAAAGGUUUUUUCUACAGCCGCUAUCCUGCUCCCAAAGAAGCAGGAGUAGAUGCUGGUACGGAGACGGAUGCAAAUCUUUAUCAUGAAGUAUACUAUCAUUUCUUGGGAAGUGAUCAGUCUGAUGAUGUCUUAUGUUGGAGAGAUCCAGACCAUCCUAAAUACCUUUUCUCAGCCACUGUUACUGAUGAUGGAAAGUAUGUCCUUUUGGAAACUGAUGAGGGUUGCGAUCCAGUCAACAAAUUUUACUAUUGUGACAUGUCAGCACUUCCUAAUGGACUUGAAGGCUUUAGGGGGAAAAGUGACCUGCUUCCUUUUACAAAGCUUAUUGAUGACUUUGAUGCUCAAUAUCAUGCAAUUGCAAAUGACGAUACACUGUUCACCUUUAUAACAAAUAAGAAUGCUCCAAAAUAUAAGCUUGUAAGAGUUGAUUUGAAGGAUCCUAUGGUUUGGACAGAAUUACUUCCAGAAUCUGAAAAGGAUGUGCUAGAAUCUGCAACUGCUGUUAAUGGUGACCAAAUGAUAGUGAGCUACUUGAGUGAUGUUAAAUAUGUUCUACAGAUUAGGGACUUGAAAUCAGGUUCCUUGUUGCAUAAACUACCCAUCGAUAUUGGCUCAGUAUCUGGAAUUUCUGCGAGGCGUGAAGAUAGUCUAAUUUUCAUAGGGUUUACUAGCUUUCUAACACCUGGAAUUAUAUACCAGUGUAAUUUGGAGUCUGGGAUUCCAGAUAUGAAGGUAUUCCGUGAAAUUGUUGUUCCUGGAUUUGAGCGCUCAGAGUUCAAUGUUAACCAGGUUUUUGUACAUAGCAAGGAUGGCACCAAUAUACCAAUGUUCAUUGUGGCCCGAAAGAACAUUGUUUUGGAUGGAUCACACCCUUGCUUGCUAUAUGGUUAUGGUGGAUUUAACAUUAACAUCACACCAUCUUUCAGCUUGAGUCGUAUUGUACUUGCAAGGCAUUUAGGUGCUAUUUUCUGCAUAGCUAACAUUCGUGGCGGUGGAGAAUAUGGGGAGGAAUGGCACAAAGCAGGUUCUCUUGCAAAGAAGCAGAAUUGCUUUGAUGACUUCAUUUCUUCUGCUGAAUAUCUUAUUUCUGCCGGUUAUACCCGGCCCAGUAAGUUAUGCAUUGAAGGUGGAAGCAACGGAGGACUUCUUGUUGGGGCUUGUAUUAAUCAGAGACCUGACCUUUAUGGCUGUGCAUUGGCUCAUGUUGGUGUUAUGGACAUGCUGCGAUUCCACAAGUUUACGAUAGGUCAUGCAUGGACUUCUGAUUAUGGUUGUUCCGACAAUGAGGAAGAAUUCAAGUGGCUAAUCAAGUAUUCCCCCCUCCACAAUGUGAGGAGGCCUUGGGAGCAGCAUCCUGAUCAAUUUGUGCAGUACCCAGCAACCAUGCUACUGACUGCUGAUCACGAUGACCGUGUUGUGCCAUUGCAUUCGUUGAAGUUAUUGGCGACAAUGCAAUAUGUUCUAUGCACGAGCUUGGAGAAAAGCCCCCAAACGAACCCCAUUAUUGGUCGCAUUGAGUGCAAGGCUGGCCAUGGAGCCGGCCGCCCUACAAAGAAAAUGAUAGACGAGGCAUCUGACCGUUAUGCGUUUAUGGCCAAGAUGUUGGAAGCAACAUGGAUCGAUUAAAUUAGAUACCACAAUCACACAAAGUGGUCUACGCCUUCGGGGCAUCAGAUACUCUUAAAUUUUGCGUAGUCUUAGUCUUGUUUAUAAGAACUCAUCCCCUCGUAAUUUAUAUUUUAUUUGAGCGGCCAUAUUACUGGCAGAGAAUCCAUAAUUUCAAAUAUUUGAACUUUUAAUUUUCACCUGAGCAAUAACUUAUCACCAUUAUUAGUAAAUUUACUUAA